GGCGUGGUGCUCUCCAAGCUUGUGGAGGACUUCUUCAACAUGAAGGAGGAGAUCUUGUCCCGGGACUUUGAUCUGGGCUUUUCGGGGAACUCUGAGGACGUGGUCAUGCGGGCCCUCCACCUCCUGGAAAACUGCAUCAACGUCACCAGCAGCUCCAGCGGCAACGGGGAGUUUACCAUCGCUCCGGGCCAAACGGUGCCGGCGCUGUUCGAGCUCAACUUCUACAGCAACGGCCUCUUCCACGUCUUCAUUUCUGACGCAGUUAUUGCCUGCAGCAUCCUGUCUCUGCAGAGGGAGCUGAUGUUGGAGUCGGAUUCUCAUAACCUGAACGAAGAUCCGAGUGGACUCCUCCUGGGUCAGGAGAGGCUCAUACGCAAAGCGGCCGGUCUCGCUCAUUUCCUCAUAAAUGAGGUGGCUGUAGCACCAGUAAGUACUUUAACCCUCUGGUUCCAAACCCCUAAGCCGCCUCAAAAAAUCUGA